AUGGUCUUCUUCCAAGCCCUGCGGGAGUACACCCGCUCUAGCCCAUGGCCAGAGAAUGGUCCAAUUUUUAUUCAGUUCAAACAUGGCCUCGGUGUAAAGCUCGAGGUUCCCAACUUUGGUGUAGAGGCCGACGAUGACCAAAGCCCCGAGACCCAAGGACCCUUGACCCGUGUGGUGCUAGCCCAUGCAGCUUUCAAAGCUUCCAUGCAGCCCGAGACCGUGGCCACAGAGAAGUUUUUUAAAACUUGCACAUCCGAGGUCAAUGUCAUCAGCCUUUUCUUCCCCGACAUCAAGGCCGAUGCGAUCCGCAUUGUCUUCACAGCCUGGCUCUCCUUUGCGUGCGUCAUGGACGACAUACUGGAGAUGCUAGAGGCCAGUGAGCGCGAGCUGGCACUGCUUGACAGUAUUGACGUUCUUUCAAAUGCUGCACAUAGCGAAACCACCAACACCAAAGCACGCACAUCAUCAGCUCAGGAUCAUAGAGUCCCGACCUUUGCCAGGGCGCUCCUUGAGCAUGUAACACGAUACCUCCCUACAAAAAGCUCUCAGGCGUUCUUCACAGCCGUCUGCGAGGUUCUCCGAGCCCAUGUCGCCGAGAUUCAUUUUCUCCAAUCCGAGAACCGCGACAGCUUGGCGGAAUAUCUCAGUAUUCGUGGCCGGACCAUCGCUCUGAGUCCCUUCUUCGAAGUCAUCAAGACCGAAUACUUGGAGGAAGCGGACUGGGCAUUCAACGACGCUUGGCUGAAACUCCAGGCCGAUGUUUCGCGAGUAGCCGGGCUCCAGAACGACAUGAUUGGUCUAGUGCGCGACAUUGAGGACGGCGAACAGCUCAAUGCCGUGAUGGUGCUGAUGAAGGGUUUCAAGGGGCACCAGAAUGGCGAGGUCAACCACAGCAUCCUCUCUCGCUGUCUCGCGAUGGUCAAUGCAGAGCACAACCGAAGCGCCGACCGAUGCAUACAGCAUAUGUCCCAUCUUCAUCGCGUUGCUGAGACGUCCCCAGGCUCGGCGGUUGCACGAGUUGAACGUGUAGCCCGGCAUAUCAUCAUGAUGUGCGAGACGCAUUUGCGGUGGUGCUCCUCGUCCAAACGGUACCGUCUGGAAGUCGGCGUGAACGGGCAUAUCGCAACACCCCCGGAGUCGGUAUGCAGCACCCUCCCGUCACCAGUCCUGACACAUGGCGCCUUUUCCGAGUUGCCUCCCAAAACAGAAGAAACCAUGCAGCCCUCCAGCACCUCGGUCGUGCACUCUAAGGGCAUCGUCCACGGCCUUCCGUCGUUCCCCAAGUCCGUUGAGACCACAGGAUUGACCGCCAUUGUCACCGGCGCAACUGGACUCUCCGGCUAUCAUAUGGUCAAGGUCUUAGCCGCAGCCCCCCAUCGGUGGAAGAAGAUUUACUGCCUGAGCUCCAGGCCUCCGCCUGACAACUUCUUCGAAGAUCUUGGGGAAGGCGCAAGGCGGGUUGAGCAUUUGGCCGUCGACUUCUUGAGCGAACCUUCCGAAAUUGCAAAGCAUCUUCAAGGCAAGAUCGAUCAUGUUGACCACAUAUUCUACUUCUCAUACGUGCAGCCGGCCCCGAAAGGAGACGUAAUGGAUUUGUGGGCAAAUGCCGACGAGCUUGCGAGGGUGAAUGUCGAGCUCUUUGAAAACUUUGUCGGUGCCCUCCGACAGACAACUCUCACGCCCCGCCGGUUCAUGCUUCAGACUGGGUCGAAGCACUACAGCUUCUAUCUCGGCCCCGCCUCUAUUCCUGCCUUUGAAACUGACCCCCGUGUAACGCUGGAUCGGAACUUUUACUACGAGCAAGAAGAUACCCUCGUCGGGUACUGCAGCGCGGUCGGCGCGACGUGGAGCGUGGCUCGCCCAUCGUACAUUGUUGGGGCGGUCCGUGACGGUACGCUCAACCAUCUCAUUGGUUUUGGUAUUUACGCCGCGGUCCAGGCCGAGCUUGGGCAGCCAAUUUGCUUUCCAGGGGACUACAGCGCCUGGGAUCGCGAGCAGGUACAGAGCAGUGGGUUGCUCAACGCGUACUUUGAGGAGUGGCUGGUUCUCGCUGGGGAUAAGACGGCCAAUGAGGCCUUCAACAUUCAUGAUGGACAGUCGUUUACCUGGGGUCGUCUUUGGCCGUACCUUGCCCGGUGGUACGGUGUGCAGUGGGAGCCACCGUCAACCGAGGAGGGCAAGUACCGUGUCAUGCAGUUGCCGUACCCCACGACGCCGAGGGGGUACGGCCCUCAGCUCACCAUGCGGUCGACAUUCUCGUUGUUGGAGUGGUCGUUCCAGCCACACGUGGAAGCGGCGUGGAGGAGGCUCGCCGAUAGGCACCAACUGGUUUUGGACCCCUUUGAUGACCGGUACCGGGCGAGGAUCUUUUCAUUUUCGGACUCAGCAGUCAUCGGCGACGCGCCUAUGACUACCAGCGUGCGUAAAGCGCGCGAUUGCGGCUUCUUUGGGACGGUGGAUUCGUAUGAGUCAAUUUUCGACUCGUUGCGGGCUCUCGCACGCCUUCGCCUAGUGCCGGCCCCCACCACUGAGAAGUUUGAGGCGUGA